CAGCCUUCGAAUCUUCCAAACCUUCGCCGACUCUUUGUUGAAGCUCGUACGGAAGCAGAAGAGAGCGCAUAUUCAAGAAAUGCUUUCUACAAUCUGGUUUUGUUCAUUUCUUCAGUCGCUGCUUUCAGCAUAGUUGCCCAGCGAUCUACUGCACAACGAUGA